UCCAAAAUGCACACUUUUGGCUAACGUUGGAAGGAACGACAUCUACAGAAACAGAAAAGACUACUCAGAGAAAGGUCUGCUCUGUACCGUCACUAGUGUGACCGAUUCGGAGGAAGAGCUGGACAACAACAGGAUUGAAGAAUUGAAUGAACCCAUCAAUACCAAGGAUUUUCCGGUUCGGAUCGACUGGAACGCCACCCUGCCUCCCAACAUCAAAGUUCCACGAAUUGACAUUCAUAGCGUCAUUCUUGAUUUUUCAGCAGUAUCAUUUCUUGACGUUUCAGCCAUGAGGAUCAUCGGAGAGACUUUGAGAGAAUUCAUCCGGGUUGACGUUGAAGUCUACAUUGUGGGCGCACACAAUGGUCUGCUGGAGAAGCUACAGAGAUGCGGAUUUUUCGAUGAGGAAAUCAAGCCUUCCAUAUUUUUUCUGACCAUUCACGACGCGAUUUUAUAUAUAUUGAUGAAGAAGGAUGAGAUUUUCCACUCAUCAAAAUUCAAAGCCAACAUGGAUAAUCAAAACAACAAUCACUAUAUAAUUAACACGUGCGGAGGAUUGCGCAAUCGGGACCCAAAGGAAUCCACAGAAACGAAAAUGUAAAAGAAAGAGACAAUUGGCGAAGAACCACACCAGAGCGUGAAAAAGUUUGAAAAAGGAGAGAAAUGUUGGUUCUCUGACAAGACUUCACAUUGAGCGAUGUCAGCGGUGGAGGCCUGUCCCUCCAGCAGGCAUAUGAGUCACAUACACAUAUGUAGAAAAGAAGGCGGGAUUUCAACUACACGCCAUGCCUGACUUCUAGCAGAUUUCAUUCCUUCCGCAGGCAGCCAUUUUGGGCCAUAUAACUUUUUUAAAAAAAUCUUGUCUGUUUUGCUUUUCUUCGUUUCUUGAAAAAAAAUGUGUUUUGUAUUUUAACUUUUUUGGAAUAAAAUAGAUUUUUUUUUUAAAAAAAGGAAGCACUUAACCCAGCUGUACGUGCAUAAAAACCUGUAUAAAAAAUAUUAUAUGAAAAUCAUGAUCUCAAAGAGCACCGAUGUAUCAAAUAUCAAUUUUACUGUAUGUUAAUACACUAUGCAGAUUUGUAUACGGUAUAUGUAAAUUCUGUGUAUAGUUAGAAGAUUGUACAUUUCCACGUUGUAAAUUAUUUGCAUACUAUAUUUUUUUUCAAUACUUUA